CGGCUGGCCGAGCAAGCGGCGUGGCGGCUGUGGGACCAGCACAGGGACCGGCUCGACCUGGUGGUGGUCAACCCGAGCUUCGUCGUGGGUCCGCCCCAGUCGGCCAGCCUCAACGCAAGCCUGGAGACCGUGGUGAACUAUCUCCUGGGCCGAGCGAAGAAAGCCACGCCCGGUCGGCUGCCGUUCGUGGAUGUGCGCGACGUGGCGUUGGCACACGUCAUCGCCAUGGAACAAGAUGGUGCCAUCGGCCACAGAGUGUUUUGCGCGAGUGAGACGAGGCCGUGGAGGGACCUUGCGAUCAAGCUGAAGGAGCUCUUCCCAGAGUAUCCUAACGUGGAGGACUUGGAUGUGGACACUGGCAUCGAGACCCAGAUGGACACCUCUCUCCUCCAGGGUCUGGGCCUGUCCGAGUUCAUUUCUUUCGACCAAAUGUUGAAGGACACGGUGGAACAGAUGAUCAAGUUGGGUGUGGUGGAGAAUUUGAAGCAAACAAAUGAAUGA